AUGCACUUCGGGAAGUGGAACUUCUCGGACGUGCAAGAGCUGUGGCUGAGGAAGCCGGACUGGGAGGUCGGCGUGAAGAGCGCCGUCAUCUCGCUCAUCAUGGCCUUGGGGAUCCUGGGCAACGGGGCCGUCAUCUACAUCAUCCUCUCCAACAAACCCAUGAAGAGGGCUAAUAAGCGUGGAAACGAUGUUGAGAUCUCCUUUCCCCCACAACGGGCAAUGGAUGGGCGAAGCUCUCUAACGGUCGGGAUCUCCUCUUUCUGGAGACGGUUUCUUCAGCAGCCUGGGAGAUUUUCCUCCUUGGCCGCCCAAUUCCAUCCAACAUCGUCGAUCGACGACCACAGCGUGGCCACUAAUUUGCAUAUGAUGUUCGUCGUCAGGUCCCCGACGAACAUGUUCAUCCUGAACAUGUGCAUCGCAGACCUUCUCCUUCUGGUGAUCUAUCCGGUCUGCUUUCUCUUGGAGGACUUCUACCAAGCUUACCCUCUCGGAUACAUCGGGUGCAAGCUUCAGGGCUUCACAUACCCCUUUGAGGAGAAUAAAUAUGGACCAAACAGCCUCUCUCCUUCCAAACACCCAGUGACCCUGCACCUGGUGGAGUCCUUCACGCUGACGGUGAUCAGCAUCGACCGUCUCCUGGCCGUCAUCCAACCGCUGCGCCCUCCCAUCAAGCGGCGGACGGCGAUCAUCCUCUCGUCGGCCAUCUGGGUCUGCGCCGUGGAAGGACUUCACGGAGAUCACGUGCGAAGAGUCGAAGGAAAUCGGGAAACCCUUCUGGCUCUACAUGCUCAUCUUCCUCGUCUGGAUCCCCACCGCCUGCAUGAUCGUCUCCUACUCCUGGAUCUUCUUCAAGNACCCUUCUGGCUCUACAUGCUCAUCUUCCUCGUCUGGAUCCCCACCGCCUGCAUGAUCGUCUCCUACUCCUGGAUCUUCUUCAAGCUCAAGGUGUACGAGAAGCGGGUGUCCGGAGACGAGAACCCGGUCCGGACCAGGCAGAAGCGACAGAUCGUCCGGAUGCUCUUCGUCGUCCUGCUCGUCUUCACCCUCACCUGGCUCCCCUUCCAGGUCCUCAUCCUCUUCCGGUACUUCGGCCUCGACCCCCAGAAAGACUCGAAUAGUGUCUAUCCGAAACGGAAACUUCGAGAAAUGCUCGGUGCUCGUCCGCGCGUGAAUUCGUGGCAAGAGACGCCGCGGGAAAUUCAAAUCAUUCGAGUGCUCUCGACCCCCCUCGGGGCGAGUGAUGCCUCCUCUGGCCGAUCCGGAGUCCGGCGGCGGAAGAGAGGGAGGAACCUCCCGUUUGACGGCAGAGAAACAUUUUACGAGAAUUGGGGAUGCGUCUCGAUGCAGGUGGGUGAGUGGUACGUGAUCGCCCGCUUCCUUUCCCGGACGCUGAGUCUUUGCAGCAGCGCGCUCAACCCAGUCGUUUACGGCCUCGCCUUCGACAACUUCCGCAAGGCCUUCCGCAUCUCCUUCCCCUGCUUCUUCUCCGAACAGAAAUACGAGUACGUGCGGAGCGGCCAGCACUGGUCGCGACGGAAAACCUCCGCCCAGACGACCGAGCCCCGCGAAAGAUCGCGGUCCGACCUGUUGGCGACCGGCGCACGCGGAAGGUCGGCCUUAGACGUGGAGGCGAUCGUCCAGCGCAACAGGUCGCACUCCGAACAGAUUUCAUCCAACCGGAUGAAAUUCCCCGCCCCGCCCAUAAACCCCGUCGUGGAGAGGAUCGAGAACAAGCUUCAAGUGGAGAGGCUGAAGAAGAACAACACGAACGCGAUGAUGUCGCACUCCGCCUCCUCCCUGACGCCAUCCAACGAGUCGUGCUUCUUGCCGAAGGACCUCCUCCUGGACCCGAACCGCGCCGUCGGCGGCUCCUCGGCGACCUCGAGGAGAUGCUCCUGCGAGCUCUCCCUGGAUCUGCAGGAGCGCGAGGCGACCUCACGCCGUCUCUCGUACGACGGAAAGCUGAACGUGGACCCGACCCCGGACGACCUCCAGGCGACCUCGAACGGUCGACCUCGAUUCCAAGUGAUCGGGUCCUCGGACGGCGACCUCACCGCCCCCGAACCUGAUCUCCCUCGUUACGACCCGACGAAACUCCGAAGCCCGCCGGCGGACGACCUCGCCGCUCGUCUCCUGGCCGGUUCCUGGCCUCCACACCUGGCCGGGUCCUGGCCUCCACACCUGCCCGGGUCCUGCCCCGCGCUCACGAAGUACGGCGAUAACCUCCUCCUCCCCCCCGCGGACCGUCCGAAGUCGGACGUCGGCCGCCCUCGAUCGCUCGAGAUCCUCCUCAUCCCCGCGUCGCUGCAGCGUGCAUCCUUCAACGUCUCCAGGAGUUUCGAAGAACUCGCUCGGACGACGCCUUCCUCGCCCGCGUCGGUCGCGAACGAGUCGCGGGCGCCGGAACCGACCCGUCGCCGGCACCGCAUUCGCUUUCAUUCCGAGUCGCUGUUCCGGAUGUCGCCCUCGCAAGGCGAGGACGAGCUAGUGCAACUCAUUUGAAGACGUUCUGGUGCCGUUAUGCCAGGGUUUUCCGCUCCUGACUCCAAUUAUGUUCCGAGACG